AUGCCUAUUCUCUACAGUGUUAUAUCACGAGGAACCACUGUACUAGCUAGUUAUGCUUCUUGUCCUGGAAAUUUUCAAGAAGUGACUGAGCAAAUUUUAGCGAAAAUUGGACCCGAAGAUGGAAAACUGUCUUUAUCUCAUAGCAGUUAUCUUUUUGAUUAUAUAUGUGAAAAAGGGAUAAUAUACAUGUGUAUCACUGAUGAUGAAUUUGAAAGAUCCCGAGCUUUUCUUUACUUAAAUGAUAUCAAGCGAAAAUUCUUGGCUUCUUUUGGCCUUAGAGCUAAGACUGCAAUAGCAUAUGCUAUGAACAAUGAAUUUUCACCAGUACUACGUGCUCAGAUGAAACAUUACUCAGAAGCUAAAGACAUUGAUACUAUUUCACGUGUGCACAGUGAACUCGAUGAACUAAAGGAUAUAAUGGUUAGAAAUAUAGAUAACGUGGCUAUGAGAGGUGAAAAUGUUAAACUUCUUGUUGACAAAACUGAGCAACUCAGUAAAACGUCUGUCACAUUUAGAAGCCAGAGUAGACAUUUGCAGAGAUCUCUGUUCUGGAAAAACGUCAAAAUUUAUGUCAUUAUUUCUGUUGUUUGUAUUGUUAUUCUUUACCUUCUGCUGGCGAUGAGCUGUGGUGGACUCUUCUUACCCAGCUGUUAA